CCAUGCUGAACUAUUAUGUUAAACUGCUUUCACCUUGAUCUUUUUAACCCCUCAUCCUGACAUCUGUAGUGUGAGUUUGCGUCAAAUUUGGCUUUGAGAUAUUUCCAAAGAGCGCGGAACAAGUCGAGACUGGAAACAGCUCGAGCGAGUUGUCGGGGUGCAGAUGCCUUGCCUGAUUCAUCAAGUUUCGCAGCGAAACCAAGAAGUGUCACAAUGAACGCCAUCCUCUGCACACCUCCCACCCCCAGACUCGAUUUCCUGUCUGCCAUCUCUCAACGCUUUUUACACGCUCCCUUCCUCCUUCACUUAAUGAAGACAUGUUGGAAGUCUUGAUAGUUUGGCGACAACUGCUAAGAGGUCGUUGUGUUUUGGUUCCAUUCUUCCACAUUGAUUCAUUUUCUCUUUGUACACAGGUCCGAUCCCGGCCGAGCAAGAGGGUGAGCUGGCCAUGGGUGUGGGUCGGAGCGAAACGGCGCCACUGAGCGGGCCGGCGGUGCAAGGCCUGAACACGACGCAGAAUUCCCAGCGUCCGAGCACCUGCUGUUUCUGCUGGUGCUGCUGUUGCAGCUGCUCAUGUCUUACCAUCAGGAAUGAAGAUGAGAGGAGGCGUAGGAGGAAGAGGAUAUCACAAGACAACAAGAUGGAAUCAAUACCAAACUGUGAAGCUUGCACCAAACCUUCAGUUGAGGAGAUGCAACUCUGGGCCCAGUCCUUCGACAAGCUGAUGAGGAACCCGGCGGGACGCAAUGUUUUUCGGGAGUUUUUACGCACGGAGUACAGUGAGGAGAACAUGCUCUUCUGGCUGGCCUGUGAAGACCUCAAACAGGAAAUGAACAAGAAAAGCAUGGAGGAGAAGGUGCGCUCCAUCUACGAGGACUAUAUUUCCAUAUUGUCGCCAAAAGAGGUAAGCCUGGACGCUCGCGUACGAGAGGUGAUCAACAGGAAGAUGCAGGACCCGACGCCUCACACGUUUGAGGACGCCCAGCUGCAGAUCUACACAUUGAUGCACAGGGACUCCUACCCACGAUUCCUUUCCUCCAGCAUCUACAAGUCGCUCCUUCACGGCAACUCACGUAGUUCCUCCGAGUCCUAGUCCAGCACCAUCCACACGCCUCCCCACCGACCAUUUCAUAUCCCGAUAGGUGACACCCGCCUUCACCCCAAAUCGAUGCCAUGACUGCCAAGACUUUCAAUUUAGUGCCAACCGCCCUCUUGCGUACCUCCCUUUUCUCUCCACCUUCUUCUUUCGUCUGCCUUUUCAUUCUUUUAAUAUCCAAAAAAUGUGAUCAGAGCACAUUCAGUCUAACCACGUAACUUUGCCUCUGCUCAAGUUCCUAUCCAGUGCUUAUUUUUUUAGAACUGCAACUGGCCACUGAUAAUUAGUGAUGAUGUUUUGUCAUCUCAGACACUUUUGAUAAUCCAACCAGAGGAAUUAAGCUCGAUUACAAACCGGCUGAGGCUAAAAUGAAUGUCCCUAUCAUGUGAACAGUAAUGAAGCCUAAAGUACCAGCACCAACUACUGAAUAAUAUUAGCGGUAACAUAUUUAAAUCUAGAGUAGCAUUAUUCAAUAUGUGCGAUGGUUAAGUCAAUAGCACAUUUUCUCUACAUUCUUUCUGUUUCCUCCUACAUUCCAAAACAUACACGUUAGGUUCAUUGACGACUCAAAAUGGUUCGUAGGUGUGAAUGGCAGUGUGACUGCUUGUUUGUCUUUUUGUUUGUCAAUUGGCUGGCGACCAAUCCAGGGCGUACGCCGCCUCUCAGCCAAAGUGAGCUAGGACUUGAAUGAGGAGGGGCAGUCCCGGACUAAAACCGGGGCCCUAAGCGAGAAUGUAUUCUCCCCCCCUUCCAAAUGUUUUUGUUCAACAGUAAACACUUAAUAGCUGUCAACCCGACUUACAUAAAUAUCAAUUAAAAAUAACUUUAACAAAAUCUAAAGUGAAUAUGCGCGUGUGCCUUUAACAUUUUUUGGAUGCCAGGUCAUGAAUGAGCUCAUUGUGUUGUGCAAUGUCAUGAUUUAUGCUUCUGAUCGCCGAGCCACUUAAGCGCUCGAUGAGCGGGGACAUCUUAUCGAGCUUUGCUUCUCAAAAGACUGAAACAGGUAGAGUUACUGCAGUGCGAAGGGCAAUCUAGAGAUUUGGAUCAAAUACAAAUAUCAUGUAAAAACUACUACUGUUAUGAUUACAAUACUAUCUGUUAUUAUCGACUAUGCAAAUACUAGCCCACUAUUGCCCCUGUUAGCACAACAGUAAGAAAACUAACUUGACUGGGUAUAAUUUGAUUGACUAAUUAAUACAUAAUCGUACUUUAACUCAAAUUUGGCUAAAGUUAGUACACACCCACUAUCAUUUCGAUCAAUUCAAGCUUUUCAUCCAAUGAAAGUACAGGACGACGCUGUCAGUCCUUGUACUGUCAAAAUCAUGACAUUUCAAGAAUUUAAAAAAAUGCCAGCUCGCUUGAGUUACGUUGCUUCAUUCAAGUUGUAAUGUACUCGCUCUCGUACACCAUUGCCCAAACAACGCCUGUCCUAUGUCAUGUAAACAAUCUCAUUCUUAAGAUGUAUGAGGCAUGAGCGUUGCAAUAAAUUAACUAACUCUGUAUGUCAGGGUUGGCACUGGGUCAUGGAACUUUUUAGUCAAUGUGGCUAAAAGUGAUUUAAAAAAAUCUCCUAGACACAUUUGAGUGCAAUUUUCCAUGAAGUCACUUUUUUUUUUUUUUUUUACUUUCAAUAUUUAUCAUCCAACACAUUUAAUUGUAUUAAGAAAACAGUUUAAUUACUUCCUCCCAACUUGUAGUAGACAGCAUGUCAACUUAGGCUUUGCAAAGGCGGCCCUGAGCACCAUAGUGAAUAGAGGGAUGUAUGUUUGGAAUAUCAUUUAUAGCUCAAGCUGUAUUUAGGUUCCAUGUCUACAUUUUAUUUCAGCACACAAUUAUUUCUGUCUAUUUAGUCUCAUUGGCAGUCCCUCCUUGUCUUUUUCCAACUCACCUGAUAUUCCGGGCAGCCGGAAAGACUGCAGAAGUUCAACUCCCAAAGCUAGUUAACCAGCCAAUCACCUUUAAGAUUCACUGAGUGGAGGGCGACCUUGACUCUGCCCACCUACAAGCCUUGUUUGCCUUCUUUCAGGGUUUGUCUUUCUUCCCCUUUGCCAACUGGAAAGCACAGGACCAUUUCUCCAAACGGUUUUCUUCUCAUUGCUGUGAUAGACUCAUGAUGGAUGCUGACUACUGAUUUACAAACUCAAACAAGAGAUGCUGUUAACCCCCCGACCCCCCCUAAAAAUUACAGCAAUGGCAUUUGACCCAUUGUUGAUCUGUUUGAAUUUAUUUCUUUGUGUCUGUCACUUUUCACACUCUGGGAUUUUUUUUUUUUUUAUUACAAAAAGUGGUGGUUCCUUUUUGGACUGAAUUGAUCCAAACAUGAUGCAACACUCUCAAACUGCAAUAAAAAAAACUGGAGUUCACACACACACACACACACACACAGUAUUUAUAUCACCAUACUUCAGACGUAUGUUAUUCUGUGAAACUGAAUGUGUUUCUUACAACUAAAACUUUUCUUAACAGCCAAUGUUCAAAUAAUAUAUAUAUAUAUAUUUUAUUUUAUUUUUUUCUCAAAAACCAGAAGUGGGGUGACGCAGAUACACAAGCAAUGUAUUUAUAUCAUUACUUCGGAGAUUCGACUUAGGCGUAUUUAUUUAUUUAUAAGUACACUGGAACCUCUUAGGUCGAACACAAUCUGUUGUGGGAUGCCAGUCAACCUCCAAUUCCAAACUAAGUUCACUGCUACCAAACGUACUCUUAUAGAAAGGUUUUAUUAAAAAAAAAAAUCAGCCAAUGACAGCUCGUAUCUUGAAAAACUCACAAGUCGAGUCGUACAUAUAUUAUGGCACCACUUUAUUCACAUGCAAAAAACGUAAGAGACCAAUGCCAAAGUUGUAAUACAUGUAAAAACAUUCAUUUUCACCAAUAACUCACAAAUAAAUGUAAAUAGAAAUGUUAAUAUGAGUAAAAACAAUAUCUGCCUUAACUUUUGAAAAACAAGUGUCUCCGUUUGCAAACUGUGUGACACUGGAAUCUGACUGGCAUGAAUGUUAGGCCACUGAUUAACAUAACUUACAGUGUACAGUAUAUAUAUUUUUUUCUUCUCGUGUUAUUCUCCCUCCACUCUGUUUAGGAAACCUCUACUUAUGAAAUAAGUGUUCAGGAAAAAGCCAAAUGAACAAUACACACAGUUGAUGUUUAUUGAAUUGAGAUGAAUAAAAGGGAAGUCGAGCAAUAUUACGGCAGUUUGAAGUUUGAAACAUGUUUUCACCCAAAUAUGGGCUCAAAUUGUGGAAUUGUGCAACCCAUGGGAUGUUCGACUUUAGAGGUUCCAUAUUUGUGUCGAAGCCCCACCAAUGUCUCACUGUUACAUGUUCGGAAGUGUCUUGAGAUGUCAUAUACAAUAGCUCAAUUGUUUCUCAGCAGCCCGAAGGCAAAAUUGUUUUGUUUGUAAGUAUAGUGAUGCAAAUACACACGCACACACCAGGGUGGCCUACCUGGUUGCUGCUGCUGACCCCUGCCUCUGUGACUUCUCACCUUUGACCUCACCACUGUUUGCCCCCGGCCCCCUGAUUGGGUGCCGGCGGCCUCUGGGCACAACUGUGGUUGGUGGAUUCAGGAAGGAGGCGGGAGAAACGUUCACAAGUGCAAAACCAGUCACAAUAUUAGGGACACUUGCGUAAUAGGAUAACUCAUCCAAAUGUGCUUUUACAAAGAUCACAGUGCUCAUUUUUCCUUUACACUGUCGUGGGCGUUUUCAUGUAGCAACUGAAUGUUUAUUCAUGUGUUUUUAGUUUUCCGUAGUGAAGAACUGUAUCAACACAAGAGCAUUAUUUUUGUUUGCUCAUAGCUCGCUUUGAGCAUUAUCUUUGCAAAGCAACUUUGUAAUACAGCAAUUGUAUUCAAAUUGAUUAUGUUGCACCACUGGUCCAAAUGCUGUGGUUGGUUAGUGAUGCCUUGUGGGAAAUUUACUCGGAGUCAGUCUAUGGAAGAAGUUUUGGCAAAUAUGAAAAAAGCCCAUUUUUAACAAAACUGGUCACUAAAUGCAUUUAUCUUGGUAUUAUUCUUGUUAUUUAUUUUAUAUUUGGUUGAAAAACUGUGAUUUUAAUUGUACAUAUCUAAAGAGAAAGUCUUGAAUAUCCAA